AUGGUUGGACCGCCUACCUGCUCAAGUGUCCGCCCUGCCCUACCUCACCCGGCCUGGCCUGGCCAGAGCUCCCUGGAGAAGGAGCCCUUUCACCUGGCAGCUGGACCAAGGGACCCAGCCUUAGGCACUGGCAGGGGUAAAAAUUCCCAUGUCCUGUUGGAUCCCCAGCCCCUAGGCAGGGAGAUAGCCCCUGGGAAUAAGGAGGGAAUUCUCCCACAGGUUCUUCUCGAGGCUCAGCCUGCAGAGCUGUAUGUGGAAGUCCCGGAAAACUAUGGUGGAAAUUUCCCUUUGUACCUGACCAAGCUGCCGCUGCACAGUGAGGAGGCCGAGGGCAAGAUUGUGCUGUCAGGGGACUUGAGCAUGGUGGCUGAAGGCCCCUUUGCUGUGGAUCCAGAGUCUGGCUUCCUGCUGGUGACCAGGGCCCUGGACCGAGAGGAGCAGGCAGAGUACCGGCUGCAGGUGACCCUGGAGACUGAGGCUGGACAUGUCCUGUGGGGUCCACAGCCCGUGCUGGUACACGUGAAGGAUGAGAAUGACCAGGUGCCCCAUUUCUCCCAGGUCAUCUACAGAGCUCAGCUGAGCCAGGGCACCAGGCCUGGAACUCCCUUCCUUUUCCUUGAGGCUUCGGAUGGGGAUGAGCCAGGCACAGCCAACUCGGAUCUACGAUUCCACAUCCUGAGCCAGGUCCCAGCCCAGCCUUUCACAGACAUGUUCCAGCUGGAGCCCCAGCUGGGGGCUCUGGCCCUCAGCCCCCAGGGGAGCACCAGCCUAGACUAUACCCUGGAUGGGCACUACCAGCUGUUGGUACAGGUCAAGGACAUGGGCGACCAGGCUUCAGGUCACCAGGCAACAGCCACCAUAGAUGUCUCCAUAGUAGAGAACACAUGGGUGCCUCUAGAGCCCAUCCACCUGGCAGAGAAUCUCAAAGCCCUGUACCCACACCUCAUUGCCCAGGUACACUGGAGUGGAGGGGGUGUACGUUACCUUCUGGAAAGCCAGCCUCCUGGACCCUUUGAAGUGGACACAGAAGGGAAACUCUAUGUGACCAGGGAGCUGGACCGAGAAUCCCAGGCUGAGUACCUGCUCCAGGUGUGGGCUCAGAAUACACAUGGUGAGGACUAUGCAGAACCUCUGGAGCUGCAGGUGGUCGUGAUGGAUGAGAAUGACAAUGCACCUGUCUGCCCUCCACGUGGCCCUCCAAUCAGCAUCCCUGAGCUCAGCCUCCCAGGCACAGAGGUGAUUAGACUCUCCGCGGAGGAUGCAGAUGCCCCUGGCUCCCCUAACGCCCAUAUUGUGUAUCAACUGUUGAUCCCUGAGCCUGAGGAGGGGGCAGAGGAGAUAGCCUUUGAGCUGGAUCCCACCUCAGGCAGCAUGACACUGGGGGCUGCCCCACUCCAAGCUGGCCAGAACAUCCUGCUUCAGGUGCUCGCCGUUGACCUGGCAGGAGCAGAGGGUGGCCUCAGCAGCACGUGUGAGGUCGCUGUCUUGAUCACAGACAUCAAUGACCAUGCCCCUGAGUUUACCACCUCCCAGAUCGGGCCCAUAAGCCUCCCUGAGGACACGGAGCCCGGGACUCUUGUGGCCACACUCAUAGCCACUGAUGCUGACCUUGAGCCUGCCUUCCGAGCCAUGAACUUUGCCAUUGAGGCAGGGGAUGUGGAGAGGACCUUUGGUCUUGAUUGGGAGCCAGAUAUUGGUCACGCCCAACUCCAGCUCUGCAAGAAUCUCAGCUAUGAGGCAGCUCCAAGCUACAAGUUGGUGGUAGUGGUGCGGAGCGUGGCCAAUCUGGUGGGGCCAGACCCAGGUCCAGGAUCCACAGCCACAGUGACUGUGCUGGUGGAGAGGGUGGUGUCACCCCCCAAGCUGGACCAGGAGAGCUAUGAGGCCAGAGUCCCGGUUAGCACCCCAGCCGGCUCCCUCCUGUUGACCAUCCAGCCCUCAGACUCCGUGAGCAGCCCCCUCAGGUUCUCCUUGGUCAAUGACUCAGAGGGCUGGCUCUGCAUCAAGGAGGGCUCUGGGGAGGUGCACACAGCCCGGCCCCUGCAGGGCAUCCAGCCCGGGGAUACAUACACAGUGCUUGUGGAGGCCCAGGAUGCAGAUGAGCCGGGACUGAGCACCUCUGCCACCCUCAUGCUCCACUUCCUGAAGGCCCAGCCAGCCCUGGCCCUGCCUCCUGCUCCUGUGCCUGCCCGACACCUCUGCACACCCCGCCAGAGCCAAGGAGUGGUCAUCAAUGGAGCCAGCGGAAACUCCAACCUGGCCAGCGAGCAGGGGCCCUACAGCUUUGCCCUCGGCCCCAACCCUACAGUGCAGCGGGACUGGCGCCUCCAGGCACUCAAUGAUUCCCAUGCCUACCUUACCCUGGCCCUGCACUGGGUGGAACCACAGGAACACGUAGUCCCUGUAGUUGUCAGCCACAAUGACCGGAUGUGGCAGCUCCUGGUCCGAGUGGUCGUGUGUCGGUGCAACGUGGAGGGGCAGUGCCUGCGCAAGGUGGGCCGUAUGAAGGGCAUGCCCACGAAGCUGUCGGCUGUGGGCAUUCUUGUGGGCACCCUGGCAGCGAUAGGCUUCUUCCUCAUCCUCAUCUUCACCCACUUGGCCCUGUCAAGGAAGAAGGACCUGGACCAGCCAGUGGACAGCGUGCCCCUGAAGGUGGCAGUCUGAAUGGUCCAGGCACCCAGCCUGGGAGCUUGGUCUGGCUCCGUCCAAUUCCGUUGGGAGGGGGCCCGGCACCCUAGAUGCAGCCAGAGCCAGGACAAAGUAGACACCCCUCCAACUGCCCUGAGGUGGAGUCAUUGAUGCUCACCAGGCAUGUCUGCAGAGCCUGGACGUGGGCUUUAUGGGCUGCCCAUGGGAGCAUUCCAAGUGGUGGCAUGUUUGCCAGAUAAUAAAGGCUCAGGGAGCUGGGCAAGAGCCCUAUGGGACUGCUAUGCCCAUGUCUGAGUGUCCAUGUAUGCGUGUUCAUGCAUGUGUGAGAGUGCACACACCUACCCAUUCGUCCCUUCCCCUUCUCCUGCUGUACAGAAAGGGCUAGGGGCUUGGGGGAUACAGGGGCAUCAUAUGGGCUCCUGGUGAGACCUUAGGGCCAGAACAGGGAGUCAUUUCCAUUGGCAUCGGUAGCCCUCUGGCCACCCUGUCCAGGAGAUGGUUGGGGACGGGUAUCCUUGUGAGGGUCAUUUCUGUGUUUUCUGGACGUCAUAUUCUAUGGGAAGGUACAACCUUGUGUGUCCCUGUGCCUGAAUCAUCUGCACACGAAGAUGGACUGAGGUCCCCAAGUCUCAGGGGGGGUCUAGGCAGGAACUUCGAGGGGCCCAUGGGACUGGAACAGGAGAGGUGAGGCUGAGGAUGGGUUCCCUGCCUCAGCAGGUGCCAAGGUACCUUUGGGUUUCACACACAGGCUGGAAAAUGCAUACUGGGGGGCUUCAGAAAGCCAGAAAAGGAGGAGUCAUUCAAAUGGAUACCAUUAGGGUGGGACAGAAACUCCCACGGGCCAUCUUGGAACUUCCCCUGCCUCAGGAUCGAGAUUAAGCCACAGCUCUGGUGCCUUGCUGAACCCUGACUGCACGUCCAGAUCGACCUCCAAUCCCUGACCCUUGACUGAUCCCAACCAUGUGCUGACCCCUUCACCUCCAUCCCCACGGUCUCUGGGGAGAUAGGGUGGGACUUACCGUCCCAGGCACCCUGAGCUGAUGAUGGUAAAUCACGGGGAAGGGAGAAAAACAACUUCUAUGGGGCCUAGGCCCUAUUUUUAGGAGAUAAGCUCUCCACUCCUGGCAGAUUCUGUGGGACAGGGGCCAAGCUCAGCCAAGAGUGAUGGGUCAGGCAAGAGGGCUGGCCUGGAGGAGCCUGGGAGCCUCGACCACUGUCUCCAGCCCAGGUACAACUCUGAGGCCUGACCCAGCCAUCCAGUGCCCACACACCCCCACUGGAGGCUCUACUCAACUCUGCCCCUCCCAGGAUCCUCUUCUCGGCAUGUACCCACUCAGAACUCCUCAGGGUACAAAGCUCUUUGAAGGCAGCAGCCCAUCUCAUCCUCCAUUGACUUGUGAGGGCAGGUUAUUGGCCCUGUUUCCCAAGAGGGAUUUUGAAGGCCAGGGAGGUCAAGGGUUGCAGCUCAGAGUCCUGCAAUCAGAGUGCAGGGGAGGACUGUCUAACUGAGGUCCAUGUUGCCUGUUUAGAAAUGUCCACAGCCUCCAGCUGGCCCUGCUGCCACAAGAUCCCCCAAAAGGGCCUUAGAGACCACUCAGGGCAGCUUCUUCUUGGAAAGCUGAGAAAGUUAAUCUCAAAGAGGAGGGGGAUCUUCCCAAGUUCAUACAGCCAGGGAGAUGCAGCACCUGAGCUAGAACCCUGGAAUCAACCUGCUUUCUGAA